AUGGCUACUCAUUUCCUCACUUCCUUCAUUGAUAACAACCCUUCCAUGAAAUCCUUCAUCGAUCGAGAUAACGUCCCUCCCAAUCCCACAUCCCCUACCUCCACCACCACCACUGCAGUCCGCCAGUUCGUCCAGCUCAUUCGUGGCGGGAUUGUAGACGAUAAUUUCUUUCCGGGAGACGACUCCUUCGAUCACCAAUUGAAUGCCACCUCAUUCAUUCUCGACUCCUUCGAUUCCCACCUGGGGUUCUUCAAUUUCGUAUCCGAUAACGGAAUUAGGUCAUCUGAAAUUGUCUGUUCUACUGCUAAGAUGACUUUCAGAUCAUUCAAGAUCAUACAGAAAGAAGAAAUCAAUGAUUUUGCACCGUUUAACGAAAUGGGUAUAAGUCAAAUCUACUACCAGUCUUUCUUGAAGAGAUUUGACCACAAACUCCAUGAAUAUACUGCAAUAACGAUUUUCAUUCUUGCUUUCGCUGCUUCGUAUUGGUUUUUGGUUCAGUUAUUCGUCUUUACUUAUACUAAGAUUCAUGGGAUUAUAUUCGUAUUGGUUCUGAAUGAUUUCUAUAAGAGAAGCUACUCUUUCGCCAUUACUUACUCCAAUGGUUCUUCUUUGGCUGUUGAAAGAUUGUCUGGAAGCUUCAUUGUAAUGAGAUGGGUAUUCAGGGAUGUUUUCAUUCAACUCAUGUGCUUCUGGUUCUUAGGAGGAAUUGAUGAUCCAUAUUCCCAAUUAAAGAUCUUCAUUUGGUCAAAGUUCAUGCCAUUUUCAAUCAUGUCGCCUUGGGAUAAAGGUUUUGAGAAGGAGAUUUAUGAGUUCAAGGUAUCCUGUUUCUUAUUGGACAUGCUCAUGUCUUUUGUGUUUAAUGUGGGUGCUUGGAUAGUUAUGGCGGAUUCAAGAAAGAAUAUGAAUGAAGUUGUGCAAGAAGUUUGGCAUUUGCUAUCUUUAAUGAUUGAAUCCGCUACUGAACUCAAGUGUUGUGAAUAUAUAGUUUGUGGGAGGAAUACUAGAUGGCUACUUACACUAUGUUUUGGUGAGUUGUUUGCUAUGGCUUUCCAGUCUUUCAUGGAGGUUUACUUAAUGGUUGCAUGGCUGAUGUAUUACUUAUCUGUGAAGUCCAUUGAUGCUAAUUCUAGAGGUCAACCUUUUGGUCAACAAGAGCUUAAAGCCAUGCUUAGAGAUGUUAGAUGA